AUGACCUCCUCAACACCUAGCUACAAAUAUUUCCUUGUCACAUACCCAGCACCAUAUAUUGCACAUGUUCAAAUCAAUCGCCCCGAGAAACUCAAUGCCUUUUUCGAAGCCAUGUGGCUCGAAUUCCGCACCAUCUUCGACACGCUCUCCUAUUCCCCCGACGUGCGCUCCAUAAUACUAUCCGGCGCCGGUGAUCGAGCAUUCUCGGCCGGCUUAGAUGUUGAAGCUGCUGCGCAAGAUGGGGUUUUGACAGAAAAGGACGGAAGAACAACAGAUGUAGCGCGAAAAGCGCAGGCUAUCAAACGCCACGUCGAUGAAUUCCAAGCAUGUAUCAGCAGUGUUGAGAGAUGCGAGAAACCCGUAAUAUGCGUUCUCCACGGCUACUCCUUCGGUCUCUCAAUCGACAUAUCCACCUGCGCCGAUAUCCGCAUCUGCACAACCGACGUUAAAAUGGCCGUAAAAGAAGUAGACAUCGGACUCGCAGCCGACAUUGGCACACUCUCACGACUCCCCAAAGUUGUCGGGUCCUUCAGCUGGGUCAAAGACGUCUGUUUAUCCGCACGAGUAUUCGGAGCCGAAGAAGCGUUACGAGUAGGUUUCGUAAGUUAUGUUGAGCCUACGAAAGAGAAGGCUCUAGAAAAAGCACUGGGGAUUGCGAAAUUGUUGGCGGAAAAAAGUCCGGUGGCAGUGCAGGGGACCAAGGAAAUAUUGAAUCAUGCGAGGGAUAAUAGGUUGGCAGAUAGUCUGAGGUAUUCGGGGGUGUGGAAUAGUGCGGCGAUUCAGACGCAGGAUGUUAAGGAUGCCAUGUUGAGAGUCAAGUCGAGCUUCACACCUAAGAAGCUAAGGAAUGACCUCUCUUUCAAAGGUCUUCCAGGACGUGUUCCUAUCCCGAAGAGAUGGAGGGAUAAGUACAAUGCAGCACCCACUACACUACUGCAAGAGCGCAAGCGCACAGGAUAA